AAAGAAUAGUAUAGAGAGAAAGCGCGAGUGCGAUACAGUGGUUUUUUAAAAUUAAUUGUAGCUUUUUCAUUAAGUCGUAUUCGGCGUUGUCAUAUAUUCUAUAUAAUUUAUUGAAUUGUGAAAUUGAAAUGUCAAUGAAUGGUGAGGAAUGAAUUUGAGCCAAUCAAUUGUAUAAGCAUACAAUACUCUCAAUAUUAAAGAAUUAAUGAAGCAAAAGGUUAUGAAAUUAUAGAAUAAAUUUAUUACUUUCAGAAGAUAGCAGGAGCGAAGCAUCAAUAAAUAUGGAAAAUGAUAAUGAGAAUGCUGAAUCGGAAGAUGCUGAAAAAAUAAUGAUAAUAGAUCCGGAAAGCGAAGAAUUGGACUUCAACCAUUCUCGUUUGACAAAAUUAGAAAAUUUGGAACCGUUAACUAAAAUAAAGAAAUUGUGCUUUACUUGGAAUUUAAUCAAAAAGAUUGAAAAUCUAAAUAGUUUGCAAACAUUGGUUGAAUUAGAAUUGCGAGAUAAUCAAAUCACUGUUAUAGAAAAUUUGGACAACCUUGUAAAUUUACAAGUGUUAGACUUAUCGUUUAAUCGUAUAAGGAAGAUAGAAGGGUUAACAAAUUUAUUGAAAUUACAAAAGUUAUUUAUUUCAUCCAAUAAAAUUACAAAAAUUGAAAAUUUGGCUCAUUUAAAGAAUUUAAAUAUGCUUGAGUUGGGAGAUAAUAAAAUUCGAGAAAUAGAAAACUUGGAAGGACUAGAUAAUUUAACAAAUUUAUUUUUGGGAAAAAAUAAAAUAUCAAAAAUUCAAAAUUUAAGCAGUUUAAAACAGCUGGAAUUACUAAGUUUACAAAGUAAUCGAAUCGUGUGCAUUGAAAAUUUAACCGAACUCAACAAAUUAGAACAGCUAUAUUUAUCGGAAAAUGGAUUGACGUGUAUUGAAGGCAUUGACAACUGUCCUAAAAUAUUAACUCUUGAUGUUGCAAAUAAUAAAAUUAAAAAAAUCACAAACAUAGAACAUCUCACUGUAUUGGAAGAAUUUUGGAUAAACAAUAACGAGAUCGAGGAUUGGGCUACGGUUGAAAAUUUAGCAUCAAAUAAGAAGUUACAAACAGUAUAUUUUGAGCACAACGCCAUUACAAAGGAUCCAAACUAUCGAAGAAAAAUUAAAUUGAUUUUACCUUGGCUAACGCAGUUGGAUGCUACGUUAUGUAGAUGAGAUGAUUUUUCUCUUUUAACUAAAAUAAUCAAAUUUAACAAAGUAGGAUUAAGACGACUACGAAUUUUA